AUGAGAUCCUUCCUUGCCCUUGUCGCCUUCGUGGCAUUCGUUUCAGCUCAAACAGGGGUCUUCGAGCCCGCAGACUUCAACGUGACUAAAGCUCUCAUCGCAAACGGCAUUAAUGUCUCCGCCAUCCCUCAGCUUUCGGGCUUGGUGGAACGAACAUCCCUCAGUAGUUGCUCGAUUGCUUGCUCUUCCCUAAAACUUAUAUACGGCAGCGAAAAGCUUCUAUCGGAGCAAACCCCGACUUAUGACACCUUCACUAGCACAUAUUGGGCUGCGCAACAGGGAGAAUUGCAUCCUAGAUGUAUCUUUGAGCCUUCAAGCACAAUCGAAGUGUCAUCUUUGGUCUUGCUAUCUCGUUUAACGCAGUGCCCCUUUGCCGUCAAGGGUGGUGGCCAUGCUGCCUUUGCUGGUGCUUCCAGCAUUGAAGGUGGCAUCGCCGUUUCGAUGAAGAGAUUCAACACUGUUGCGGCUUCGAAUGACAAGAAGUAUGCUAAUGUCGGUCCUGGAAACUUGUGGAUCGAUGUUUACAAUAAAUUGGAGAAGUCUGGCCUUGGAGUCGUUGGCGGCAGAAUGGCCCCUGUUGGUGUUCCAGGUCUUGUAUUGGGUGGUGGUAUUUCUUUCUUCUCCAACAAGGUGGGGUGGGCCUGUGACAACGUUGCCGCCUACGAAGUUGUCACAGCCUCUGGCCUCGUGGUAACCGCUACCCCUGCGGCAUUCCCAGACCUUUACUGGGCACUUCGGGGCGGCGGUGGGAAUUUUGGCAUCGUUACCAACUUCAAGCUCGAUGCGUUUCCGCUUGGCCAGAUGUGGGGUGGCCAGCGCAUCUUUACAGAAAACAAUUUCAACAGCGUGCUUGACGCUCUUUACAACUUCGCCGUCACUGGGUCUUCCAAGGACACAGAUGGUGCAGAGAUUGUUUCCUUUGGUUUCACUCCCAGUAUUGGGAAGAUUGCGAUAGUCCAAACACACUAUGCUCAACCUAUCGCUAAUCCUCCUAUUUUCAAUGAGAUCCGAGCUCUUUCUCCUGUGAUGGACGACACAGCAUUUGGUACGCUGGCCAACAUGACCAUGAAGAUGAACGGCGGUAGAGCAGAGGAAGCCCUCGGUAAUCGCCAAACUAUGUGGGAUGUGUCCCUCAAGGUCGACCGCGAGCUUUAUACUUAUCUCGUUGAUACCUUUUACACGCUUCUGCCUGAGAUUCAAGCCGUCGAAGGCCUUUCGCCAUAUAUUUCUAUCCAGGCUAUUACCGAAGGCCAACUCAAAGGUAUGCAAAAAAACGGUGGUAAUGCGCUAGGUCUGGACGCCGGCAAGGGCCCAUACUUUGUCAUGAACAUGAGCGCCUGGUGGAAAAAGGCUUCGGAUGAUGCCACUGUUCUCAAGUUCUUUUCGACUGUCAUGAAGAAUGUCAAGGCUUAUGCAGAGGGCAAGGACUUGGACAACGACUACAUCUAUAUGAACUACGCGAGCGAGUUCGAGGACCCUCUCGCAAGUUACGGAUCGGCGAAUAUGGCGAAGCUGAUCGCUGUGAGCAAGAAGUACGACCCUGCUCAGGUGUUCCAGAAACUUCACCCAGGUUACUUCAAGUUGGGCCAAGGAGCGCCAAACAAGAACAUGCAGUAG